CAGUCCAUUGACACUACUAUGGAGUGGCUGUGGAUCACCGUGGCAACAUGUGUGCUCGUGUCCUGCACUGUCAAAGGCAGCGACUGGUGGUUGGAGUACGAGGAGGGGAUUAGACACUACAGCAAGGAGGCCCUCAACAAGGAAUUUCCAGAGAAAACUCGCCCCGUGAACUUCAAGCAUCCUGUUUUUCAGUGUCCAGACAUGAGUCCUUCUCCCUCUGUCCCCUCAUCAGUUGAAUUUGUGAAGGCGGCUGAUAUCAAAGUCAUUGCUGCCUUGGGAGAUUCUCUGACAACAGGCAUCGGUGCCAACGCCACCACUGUCCUGGGGAUUCCCAUCGAGUUCCGACAUGUUUCGUGGAGUAUCGGUGGUUACGGGUCAUUUCAGGAUGUUAUUACUUUGGCAAACAUCAUCAAGCUUUUUAAUCCCAAUCUGGUCGGUGCGGCCUCUGGCAGGACGAUACAUGGGAUGCAGGCUCAUAUCAGUGCAACUGGCUUCAACCUGGCAGUGACUGGACAUAACACCUUCAAUCUGCCUGGACAGACGAGACAUUUGAUCGACACGCUGAGAGAUUAUGAGGGUGUGAAUUUCGAGGAGGACUGGAAGCUUCUGACCAUCCUCAUUGGCAUGAAUGACAUCUGUGAUUACUGCAAAGACAAGGCCCUUUAUUCAGUGGAUAACUUUGUUCACUAUAUGACCGUCUCCUUGGAAAUGCUUAUGAACGAGGUUCCUCGCAUGAUCGUUAACGUGGUUCAGAUUCUGCCCAUGCAAGCUUUGAGGGAGGUACAGAAGCCCACUCCAGGCUGCCUGCUCCAACGGUCUUUCUGUUCGUGUCUGAUAGACCCAGUUGCCAAGUCUCCUGAACUACAGGACCUGGUAGAGGUCAAUCUUGAGUUCCAGAAAAGACUUGAGGAGCUGCUUUACAGAGAUCGUUUCUUCAAGGAUGACUUUGCUGUUGUUCUCCAGCCCUUCCUCAAACACGCUGACCCUCCCCGCCUCCCGAGCGGGAAGAUUGAUAUGACCUUCUUCACUCACGACUGCUUCCACUUCACCAUAAAGGGACAUGAAGAGUUGGCCAAAGGGCUAUGGAACAACAUGUUUCAGCCUGAGGGAGGAAAGAUGAUUGUGAACAGUUUCUCUGACCCCAUCGGUCUCAUCUGUCCACCUGUGGAACAUCCAUAUAUCUUCACCAGACCAACUGUGGCUAAGUCAGGCCAGCGUCCACUUCAGUCUGCUGCACCAUCAGACGCAGCCAUCGUGCUGCUCUCACUGCUUGUGGGUUUGGGAUCCCCUUGGACUUGUGUAGCUUUGACUCUGCUGAGCUAUUUAUCUCCGUGAUCGCCUUCAUUAGACCCUUCUGUGUGCUGCUCUUUUGCUUUAUUGCAUAUCUGUGGCCUCAAACGGCAGCAAAGAGAAAUUAUACCGGAUAAUGCGACAGAGUGAAUCCUGCAGCCUAAAUAUUUAAUUUUAUUCAGAUGCAGUUGGAGUGGGAAGUGUUGAAGAGUUUUUACUCGUCGUUUGUGACCAGAUGAGAGUUUUUCUCUUUUACAUUUUAAUUCAUUACAACUGCACCAUGAUGAUUUUGGAGAUGUAUUUCCUGUAGUUAUUUUUAGGAAAAGUCUUGCCUGGUUCACUACACUAUAUGACUUGAUAUCCAUCUCAAAUGUUGUAAUUAGCAAAUAUAAUUAUGAAUAAUGUAAUAACACUAAAACAUUGAUCUAAUUAGAUUCUGUCCAACAGUGAAGUGAAUGUCUGUUUAAUCUCUGAAAGUGUUUUCUUGGAAAAAGUACUUGGACACAAUCCUGAAUCUAGAUUCAGUUACUCUGGACGUAAUGCAUCUUGGCAAUGUCACAAUACCAAUCGUUUUUGUUGCACUGCCAGUAAAAAUCUCGGGUUUGUGAAGAUAAAAUUUACAAUUUGCCACAAUCAGCAUGUUGGAAUUCAUUCAUCCAAGAGGCUGAAUGAGAUUUCUUUACACGCAGAGGUUGAAAAACCCUGAUCAGCUCAGUGACACCGUUUAAAUUUUUUUUUAAAGAGUAUGUCAUCCAUCUUAUCUCCGCAGAGUUUCCACGUAACUGGUGACUUUUUCAGCCAUAGACAAUUUAGUCGCACGUCUGUUCCUCAGAUCUUCAGGAUGCUGCUGUCCCACAUACUUCUCACUCCUGCAGAAGCUGCGUUAUUAUGCACCGAGCAAAUGGAGGAGGAGGGGGAAGUAAGACAUCACAUAAAUAAAUUAAUACAUAUUUGUCUAAUAUUUUUGAAUAACAAACCACGUACAGAAAACAAUUUUAAUAAUACACAACCUGCUUUCUUAUCAUUAAAUACUCCUCCUUCCACCCUCUCACCCAAAGUUAAAAACAAAUUUACAUUAAUUAUUUAUAUUAAACAGCAGUUACCUAAUAAGAAAAAGAGGAAGAUAAACUCAGCAAGAAAAAACCUACAGUAAAUAGACAAGAAAUUCUUGAAAUAAGAUAACCUUUGUUUAAACUGAUUUAUGCUUGUAUGACGCUUUAGUUCCACACUAUACGUAUAUUCUGAUGAAUUUCUAUUAAUCUGUGUCUGCACACACACAACACAAAAUAUGACCCGUGUUAUAUGAUCAUCUACUGCAUAUCACUCCUCUAUACAUCCAGUCUCUGGUCAAACAGAGAGAACAGUACAUUAUGUAUUGACUGUUUAAUUAGUGUAAGCGCAUGGACAGGUGGAGGCUAUAAUAAGCUCAUGUCAAGCUACUGUGGCUCACUUUGAAUUGAUAAUUUAGCCCUUGAAUGGAAAAUAAGAGCACUUUGCUUUGUAUGGUUUAAAUGAUAUGGUUUUCUACAGCCCCUUUCAAGGUAAACACAAUAAAACCUAUUGGAAGAGA